AUGCAAUUCUUAUCUAAAUGCAAUGACUUUACCAUCUUCAACGCAUUGUAUCAAGCCAAGCGCGGAUACUUUAUCAAUCCAGAGUGUCUACUCAAUGCGGCCUCCGGAGGCUCACCAGAGAUUGUGGCAACCCUCGCGCGACAAGUCAACCCAACAUCAUUCAAACGAGAUUCAUCCUACACUGGCCACAUCCUCUCAAUAUGUUGGUCUUCUCGAAGCUAUAGCUUGUACUUCUAUGUUCUGGAGCAUGUCAUGGAUGAGCAUGGCGUACCACUGGAGGAGAUACAGUCCAAGUUCCGGUCGCAGGUCCAGGCAUUGUUGAUGAGCGAUAUCAAGAUGUUUGGAAAAGUGAGAAGAAUGGCCAGUCAAUCAUUCCUUCAGGCAAUGACCGAGUAUCUCGCUGCCCAUCCAGAGGUGUUGGUGAUGACCGAGGACAAGGAGCUCAUCGAUCAGUAUGCCAAUGCCCAUCCUCAUUUGUUGCCGGCAUAUGCCAAGAUAGGCCCUCUGGCACACCUCUACUGGGAGACAUGUCCCAAAAGCGAUACGGUAUUCCGUCGACAGAUUGACAUCGGCAACAUCUUCAAGCUGGACUAUGAGACGCUCGAGAACGAUGCACUCUAUCGCAUCAAACGAUCGAAGCAACACUUGCAAGAGUAUGGAGUUGAUACGAGGCACCUUCAAAAGAUCAAGCCUGGCGACAAGCUGUUCUGGGACGUAUGUCUCUUGGAGCUGAUGUCCCAGGGCAAGCUGGAGAUCAAAGAGUCGAUAUUAAUCAUAUCCAGCGUGAUCAAGACGAGUGGAGUUGAGCUGGUGCCCUACAUCGUGUCGCACUUGUCGGCAAAGGCAGAUCGCCAGGAAGCCGUCGAGAUUAACUUCAAUGAGCUGUGCGAGUGGGGCUCAGUGCAGCAGGUACGCAUCGGUAUGAGGCAUCUGGAGGCACAGCGCAAGUUGAGCUCAGUGGUCAAGAUGAAGCUCUGGCACACAUUGAACGAUGCGCCACACGCCGUCAUCGAGGUCGUGUUGGAAAAGCUUGGCACAGAGUUGUGCGAUCUUCGUAAGAAGGACUACACAAUACGCAAUCCAACGGCACCCAUACUCAGAGACUUGGCAGACAGCGUCAACUUUAGAUACACUCAAUUCUCACAAGUACACUAUAUCACUGAUGACGACACGAUCAAGUAUGUGUUGGCUCAUCGUCAUAGUUGUGGUGUGGCGAGGUUAUGUCUGACUGCCGCCAGGUUUGGAUACUUGGACAUCUUGCAAGGUAUCAUUGGUUCCAGUGGACAAUCUUUUGAUCAAGCACUAUCAAAUGCAUUGGUUGGUGGACAUCGUAAUGUGAUUGGAUAUCUCCUGGAGGUGAGGCCAUACCUGGAUCAACAAGAUCAGCUACUACUUGUCAAGUUGAACGAUGUCCAGUUGUUUGACUAUGUCUUGGACAAGCUUCCAAGGGAUGCACAGAUCUAUACUCUUCAUCAAUUCAUUGACAACCCAGAUCUGAUCAAAUCAUUCUUUGAGUUUGGCAGUACUCAAUUGUUCCAACAUGUCAAGCAACGAUACGCCAAAGUCUAUGUCCAAGGCCAAGCCCAUGACCAAAGACAGAAGAUGCGCGAAAAGCUGGCAAUUGGAAUCCAUCCAAAGUAUACCCAUUAUGGCAACGUGGACAUCAUCAAGUUUAAUAUUGGACACUUUGUACAUAGCGAGGAAGCAUUGAAAUAUGCCAUACUACAUAAUAGAGUGGAAGUGUUUGAUCUACUCUUCAACAAGUUGAUGCAGAUGGAUCAGUACUUUGAGGAGAGUCGAUCAGUGACCAGUCGACAGCGCAUAUCUGGUAUCUUCAAGGAGAACAUCAUACUUGUCAAGUCCGACCUCUACGCCAUCAUGUGGCACGGUAUCCAGCAGCAUGGCUUGGACGUUGGUCUUGAUCCAUGGAUCAGGCUAAAGAAGCAAAAGAAGUUAAGGUAUCCAGACAACGGAAUCUGGCAUUCACUGGCAUUACUAAACAAGAGGAAGUGUAAAGAAUUGAUCAAUCAUCAGCGAUAUAUGCGCAGACCAAGCACUCCCAUGCCAAUACAGCAUGAUGGUGCAGACCUCAAGCUCAUCCUUAACAAUCUUGGCAUCAUAUUCAUCGAUGUGAAUAAAUAA